CAGCAACAACCUAAAACGGAAGUGUUCUGCAGAACGGUUUCCGGAAAAAGGAUCGCCGAAAGAGGUUAUUGUCAAUUCAAGAUGGCGGCGCACAUGGCAAAGCUGAGAACUUGGAGCAGGGUGCCUAGAUUUGGGAUUGCGGCCUAUAGGAGGUAUAGCAGUGGAAGUGGCUACCCAAACAUCUCUUUGUCUAGCCCCCUGCCUGGAGUUCCCAAGCCAGUGUUUGCCACUGUGGAUGGCCAGGAGAAAUAUGAAACUAAAAUCACAAUGCUGGAAAAUGGACUCAAAGUGGCUUCACAGAAUAAGUUUGGUCAAUUCUGCACAAUUGGAAUUUUGAUAAAUUCUGGAUCCAGACAUGAAGCAAAGUAUCCAAGCGGAAUUUCACAUUUUCUUGAGAAGCUAGCAUUUUCUUCCACAGCCCAGUAUGGAAGCAAGGAUGAAAUCCUUUUGACUCUGGAAAAGCAUGGGGGAAUCUGUGACUGCCAGACGUCCAGAGAUACCACGAUGUAUGCAGUGUCAGCAGAAGUGAAAGGACUGGACACAGUGGUCAGUCUGUUGUCUGACGCGGUACUGCAGCCUAGAUUGACAGAUGAUGAAAUCGAGAUGACCCGGAUGGCUGUCCGCUUUGAGCUAGAAGAUCUGAACAUGAGACCUGAUCCCGAGCCCCUGCUGACUGAAAUGAUACAUGCGGCUGCUUAUAGGGGGAACACAGUGGGCCUACCUCGCUUCUGCCCUGCAGAGAAUGUCGAAAGUAUCAACAAGACUUUGAUUCACGAGUACCUGCGCUGCUACUACGGCCCUGAGCGGAUGGUGCUGGCUGGGGUGGGCGUUGAGCAUGAGCAGCUGGUGGAGUGUGCCAGGAAGUACCUGCUGGAUACGAAGCCAGUGUGGGGCACGGGGAAACCUGGCAGUGUGGACCGUUCUGAGGCACAGUACACGGGGGGCAUCAUCAAGAAUGAGAAAGACAUGUCUGAUGUCAGCCUGGGUCCCACUCCCAUCCCAGAGCUCACACAUAUCAUGAUCGGCCUGGAGAGCUGCUCCUUCCUGGAGGAUGACUUCAUUCCCUUUGCUGUUCUUAACAUGAUGAUGGGAGGGGGAGGGUCAUUUUCAGCGGGCGGUCCUGGGAAAGGCAUGUUCACACGACUGUACCUCAAUGUCCUGAACAGACAUCACUGGAUGUAUAAUGCAACAUCCUACCACCACAGCUAUGAAGACACUGGUUUGCUGUGUAUCCAUGCUAGCGCAGACCCCAGACAGGUGCGGGAAAUGGUUGAAAUUAUAACCAGGGAAUUUAUCCAGAUGGCUGCUACACCUGGAGAGAUGGAGCUGGAGCGAGCCAAGACACAACUGAAGUCCAUGCUGAUGAUGAACUUGGAGUCCCGGCCGGUCAUUUUUGAGGAUGUGGGCCGGCAGGUCCUGGCCACAGGCAAGAGGAAACUGCCACAUGAACUCUGUGAGAUGAUCAGUAAAGUUACAGCAAGUGACAUCAAAAGGGUGACAACGAAGAUGCUGCGCAGUAAACCAGCUGUGGCUGCACUGGGAGACCUGACAGAAUUGCCCACACACGAGCACAUCCAGGCAGCCUUAACAAGUAAAGACGGGCGAUUGCCACGGAUAUACAGGCUGUUCAGAUAGAUAUCAGCACUGACCGCUUUGUAACAUAAACAGAAGUGGGAAUUUCCUCCAAAAUUACUGUUGAAAUGGGGUGUAAAUACAUUAGCUCCAACUCUUAUUUUUUUCUGUAAAACAUUUGAAAAACUUUGGAACUUUGUUUGCAUUUAGUCUUAAAGGAGCGUCAUUACAUACGGUUCUAAACCGUGUUUUUACAGUCUUUGGGAAAUGGCUUUUCUACUGAAAUCUGUUGCAGAUAUCAACUGAAUUAGUAUUGACAAUUGGGACACCAUA